ACUUUCUUUCCAAAGUUAUACCUUUCAGCUUUGUUAAAGGAACCUUUCUUUUAUUCGUUUCUGGGUCUACCAUUUUUGUACACAUAUAAAAACGCCAUUUUUUGGUUUUGGUUUUAAGUGUUGGAAUAUUUCUCACCCUGUACAAAUCACUUCAUUCCAUUGGUUCAAUAUCUUUCUUUGAUUCUUUGUGUGAGGCCGAGUUUUUCAAGAUUGGAUUUUGAGGAUCAUUAAGCUUAGUUUGAAACUUGAAGGUUGAAUCUCACAAGUUGGUAAGCCUUUGCUUUAGUUGGAAAAAUGGGUGGGGGGAGAAGGAGGAGGCACCACUUCAGCAGAAUCCAUGCAUUCUCAUGUGGGAAAGCUUCUAUGAAGGAUGAACAUUCACUUAUAGGAGGUCCUGGCUUCUCAAGGAAGGUUUAUUGCAAUGACCCCGAACAUGCCAUGACGAGUCUUCAGAAUUAUGGAGACAAUUAUGUCAGAACUACUAAGUAUACAUUGGCCACGUUCCUACCCAAGUCCUUGUUUGAGCAAUUUAGAAGGGUUGCAAAUUUCUACUUCCUUGUUUGUGCAGUUUUGUCUUUCUUGCCUGUUUCUCCUUACUCAGCCAUCAGUAAUGUUGUUCCUCUUCUGGUUGUGGUCGCUGCCACAAUGGCCAAAGAGUUCAUCGAGGAUUUUAGGAGGAAACAACAGGAUAUAGAGAUGAAUAACAGGAAAGUUAAAGUACAUCGUGGAGAUGGUGGUUUUGACUAUUCUAAAUGGAGGGAUUUGAAAGUUGGAGACGUAGUGAAGGUGGAAAAAGAUGAAUUUUUUCCUGCUGAUCUCAUCUUACUUUCAUCAAAUUAUGAUGAUGCAAUAUGCUACGUUGAGACCAUGAAUCUUGAUGGAGAGACAAAUCUUAAACUGAAACAAGCACUGGAAGGAACCUCAAAGUUGCAAGAGGACUCAGCCUUUCAAAAUUUCAAGGCUGUCAUCAAAUGUGAAGAUCCAAAUGCAAAUUUGUACACAUUUGUUGGCAGUUUGGAGCUUGAGGAUCAACAGUAUCCUCUUGCACCUCAGCAGCUUUUGCUUAGGGACUCUAAGCUGAGGAACACUGAUUUUGUUUUUGGUGUGGUAAUCUUUACUGGUCAUGAUACAAAGGUUAUGCAGAAUUCCACAGACCCUCCAUCCAAGCGGAGCAAAGUUGAGAGAAGAAUGGAUAAGAUCAUCUAUUGUCUCUUCUUUGUCCUUAUUUUGAUUUCUUUCAUUGGAUCCAUAUUAUUUGGAGUUGCCACAAAGGAUGACCUUAAAAAUGGAAGGAUGAAGAGAUGGUACCUUAGACCUGAUGAUACCAAAAUUUACUAUGACCCGAAUAAAGCUGCAGUUGCAGCGAUUCUGCACUUCUUGACAGCGCUUAUGUUGUAUAGUUACUUGAUUCCAAUUUCCUUAUAUGUCUCCAUUGAAAUUGUAAAAGUUCUUCAAAGCAUUUUCAUCAACCAGGAUGGAAACAUGUAUUAUGAGGAAACUGAUAAGCCAGCACGUGCUCGUACAUCAAAUUUGAAUGAAGAACUUGGUCAAGUUGAUACCAUACUUUCAGAUAAAACAGGGACUUUGACUUGCAAUUCCAUGGAAUUUAUCAAGUGUUCUAUUGCUGGAGUUGCUUAUGGACGAGGAGUUACAGAAGUUGAGAGAGCUCUAUCUAGGAGACAUGAAUCACCUUUAGGUCUGGAGUUGAAAGAAAAGAAGAAUACUACAAAGAUUGGUGAGUCAAAGUCAUCUGUUAAAGGGUUUAACUUUAAGGAUGAAAGGAUCAUGAAUGGAAAUUGGGUCAAAGAACCCAACGCCAAUGUAAUCCAAAACUUCCUACGUUUGCUGGCUGUAUGCCAUACUGCAAUACCUGAAGUUGAUGAAGAAACUGGUAAGGUUUCAUAUGAAGCCGAAUCACCAGAUGAGGCAGCUUUUGUGAUUGCAGCCAGAGAACUUGGGUUUGAAUUUUAUGAAAGGACACAUACAACUAUUUCACUAAAUGAAUAUGACCAUGCAUCGGGCAUGAAAAUUAAAAGGUCAUACAAACUUUUGAAUAUAUUAGAGUUUAGUAGUGCAAGAAAGCGGAUGUCAGCAAUUGUAAGAGAUGAAGAGGGGAAACUACUACUACUUAGCAAAGGCGCUGAUAGUGUCAUGUUUGAACGAAUUGCAAAGAAUGGAAGGGAGUUUGAAGAGAAGACCAAGCAGCACAUAAGUGAAUAUGCUGAUUCUGGUUUGAGGACCUUGAUACUUGCAUAUCGUGAACUUGAUGAAGAAGAAUACAAUCAAUUUAAUAAAGAGUUGACACAGGCCAAGAACUUAGUGAGUGCAUAUCAGGAACAGAUUGUCGAGGAAAUAGUACAAAAUAUUGAGAAGGAUUUAAUUCUUCUUGGUGCUACUGCAGUUGAAGACAAACUACAAGAUGGGGUUCCUGAAUGCAUUGACAAGCUUGCACAGGCUGGGAUUAAACUGUGGGUUUUGACUGGUGAUAAAAUGGAGACAGCAAUUAAUAUUGGAUUUGCUUGUAGUUUACUCAGAUCAGGAAUGAAACAAAUUAUAAUUACCUCAGAUACUCCUGAAAUCAAAUCAAUGGAAAAAAUGGAGGACAAGUCUGCCUCUGAGGCGGCAAUCAAGUCAAAUGUUCUUCGUCAAAUAAAGGACGCAAAGGAAUUACUUUCUAAAUCAGAUAAAAACUUUGAGGCCUUAGCCCUGAUCAUUGAUGGGAAGUCUCUUACUUAUGCACUAGAAGAUGAUGUAAAGGACCUCUUUCUUGAACUUGCCAUUGGCUGUGCAUCUGUUAUCUGCUGUCGUUCAUCUCCCAAGCAGAAAGCACUUGUUACAAGACUGGUGAAGAUUAGAACUGGAAGUACUACUCUAGCUAUUGGAGAUGGGGCAAAUGAUGUUGGAAUGCUCCAAGAAGCUGACAUUGGGAUUGGUAUCAGUGGUGUUGAAGGAAUGCAGGCAGUUAUGUCAAGUGAUAUUGCAAUUGCCCAAUUUCGGUUUCUAGAGCGCUUACUUCUUGUGCAUGGACAUUGGUGUUAUAGAAGGAUCUCAUCAAUGAUCUGCUACUUCUUUUACAAGAAUAUUGCCUUUGGCUUCACUCUGUUCUUCUUUGAGAUGUAUGCCUCAUUCUCAGGGCAAGCUGCGUACAAUGAUUGGUUCUUGUCACUAUACAACGUGUUCUUCACUUCCCUUCCUGUAAUUGCUUUGGGAGUGUUUGACCAGGAUGUUUCUGCUAAAUUAUGUCUCAGGUUCCCAUUAUUAUAUCAAGAAGGUGUGCAAAACAUCCUAUUUAGCUGGAAACGAAUAAUUGGUUGGGCACUGAAUGGAGUUGUGAGUGCUGCCAUCAUAUUCUUCUUUUGCAUUCGUGCCAUGGAACAUCAAGCAUUCCGUAAAGGUGGUGAAGUUGUGGGGCUAGAAGUUCUUGGUGCCACAAUGUACACUUGUGUUGUGUGGGUGGUGAAUUGUCAAAUGGCAUUAUCUAUCAGUUACUUCACAUACAUACAACACGUAUUCAUAUGGGGAGGCAUUCUGUUUUGGUACAUAUUCCUCCUAGCAUAUGGAGCCAUUGAUCCUUCCCUCUCAACCACUGCUUAUAAGGUCUUUGUUGAAGCUCUUGCACCAGCUCCAUCUUACUGGGUCAUCACUUUCCUUAUUGUUAUUUCUUCACUCCUUCCAUAUUUUGCCUAUGCUUCCAUCCAAAUGCGGUUCUUUCCUAUGUAUCAUCAAAUGAUACAAUGGAUACGAAAUGAUGGCCAAACAAAUGAUCCAGAAUACUGUAACGUGGUGAGGCAGAGAUCAAUAACACACACAACAGUUGGAUUCACAGCGCGUUUGGAAGCAUCCAAGCGAUUUGAAGCAUCCAAGCGUUCUGAAGCAUCCAAACAUUUUGAAGGGAAGUCUGAGAAUCAAUAACCAAAUUUCUUUAUUUUAUUUAAUUUUUUGUUGGAUGCCAAAUUCAUAGUCAAAACAAGGUGUAAAUGUUUUCAUAGGUCACAAACCUUGUACAUAAUUUUGGUGAAGAGGCAUCUUCCAUACGCUGCGUUACAUGAAUCCUUAAAGAGAGCAAAUUAAAGCAAUCUAUCCGUUUGGAUUUUUUGUUCAGAAGAUUAUGAUAGACUUUGGCUAUUUCAAGAUCCGAAAGAAGGUUAUGAUCAAACAAUAAUGUACAUCGUAUAUGAUUUGUUGUAGGAUAGAAGAAUAAUCCGUUUAAUUUGAUUCAUUCUUUGAUGAACACGUUUUGUAGCUUUUGAGUCUGGCUUGGUUUUUUGUGCAUGUUUUGAAACUAUUAUUCCCU